UCAUUGCCACAUAAAAACAUUUCCAUUUACUUAAUCAUUUACUUUUAUUGAGUUUGCGGUGUGUUACAGAUUCCCUCUUCAUCCUCGAUAUUUUGCAUUAUUAUUUUUAUUCAUUCAUUCAUUUUUUGCAUCUGCAUUUUGCAUUCUACGACCUAAUACUUUACCUUGUACCAAUUCAUUUUACUCUCUCACUUUAUAAUUAUCUCACUUCAUUUCUUCUUACAUUUCAUUCACACUAAACAUUCAUUCAUCCUUUCAUUCAUUCAACCUGCCAAUUAACGACUAACCAUCAUGCUUGCUCCGAUCAGAAACGUACUUCGUGUCCUCGACUUUGGCGUCCGGUGCAUCUGCAAUCACACUUCGUGGUCGAUGCACUACUGUGACUCGUGCAAAUCGAACUCGUAUCAGUGCACCCACUGCAACAGCAUGUUCAACACCUGCAACUGCAAAUAGCUCGUAUGUUUACCAGUAGGUAGCAAGCAAGCGCGCAGCACUCGCCAAAAUCUCCUAUUUCCGAGACAAACGUCCUUUCACAUCCGCUAAGCACCACACCCUCAAAAACACCGACACCGACACCGACACCAACUCUAACUCUAACUCUAACUCU